AUGUUACAAGGUGCGGAGACUAGAUAUGCUGAGAUCGAAAAAUUGGCGCUAGCUGUGGUCGUGACUGCUAGGAAGUUGAGGCCGUAUUUCCAGUCGCAUCAAAUAGUGGUAAGGACGAAUCAUCUCCUCAGAAAUAUCCUCACGCGACCAGAGGCGUCAGGUAGAAUGAUAAAGUGGGCGGUCGAACUGGGGGAGUUCGACAUCACUUAUCAGAGUCGAACAGCAGAGAAAGCCCAAAUUUUAGCUGAUUUUAUGAUAGAAAUCCGGCGCCCCAGAGGAUCCAGGAACAUGGAUGUUGCAUGGUUGGAGUUUGCAUUUGAAGCGGGAGCGCAAGUCCUGGAAGUCUACACAGAUUCGCAGGUGGUCGCUAUGCAAAUUGAAGGGAUGUAUGAAACUAGGAAAAAGUCUAUGACGGAAUAUUUGAGGAAAACAAAGGAACGGAUGCAGAAAUUCUCUAAAUGCACUAUCCAGCAAAUUCCAAGGAGUGAAAAUGAAAGAGCCGAUGCCUUAUCGAAGCUGGGGGCUACAUUGGUGGGGAUAAAGGACAGAAAAAUCACAGUGAUGAUAAAGGAACGAUCAGCGAUCUCAGGAGGGACGGAAACUAACAUGGUAACCUUAAAAUGCCUGUGGAUCGAAGAAAUUACAGCAUACCUCAAAGAAGGGGUCUUACCUACUGACCCCGGGCAUGCUCGACGCAUAAAGUUCAAAGCUCCGAGGUUCGCGUUAGUAGGGACGCAGUUGUAUAAAAGGACAGUAGAAGGACCUCUCCUCAAAUGUUUAGACGAUCCACAGGCUAGGUAUGUUUUGCAAGAAGUUCAUGAAGGUAGUUGUGGGAACCAUUCUGGAGCCAGAUCGUUGGCUCAAAAAAUAGCCAGACAGGGGUAUUUCUGGCCAACAUUGAUGAGGGAUUGCAAGGAAUUCGUACGAAGGUGUGAGAAAUGCCAGAAGUUUGCUUCACAAAUUCACACGCAUGCAGUCCCAAUGACUCCUGUUUCAAUUACAUGCCCAUUCGAUCAAUGGGGUAUAGAUAUACUGGGACCGUUCCCUCCUGCUCGAGCCCAAAAGAAGUUUGUGAUAGUAGCAGUGGAGUACUUUUCUAAAUGGGUGGAGGCAGAAGCCGUCUCGAAAAUCACUGAAAGGGAAGCUAUAAACUUCAUAUGA